GAGAUGUGUCACGGGAUGCGGGUGGAUAAUGAAGAUGUCAUUCUGAAGCUGGACAUGAUGAAGGCCUAUGAUCGGGUCUCUUGGUAUUUCUUGAUGUCAGUACUGCGCAGAUUUGGAUUUUCGGAGACUUGGAUCGAUCUGGUCUAUUGGGCCAUCUCGAAUAUAUGGUAUUCAGUCAUUAUUAAUGGGAUCCGAGAGGGCUUUUUUCAUUCGACGCGGGGCUUGCAGCAGGGAGACCCACUCUCUCCGUCCUUGUUCAUUCUAUCAGCGGAGGUCCUAUCUCGCUCUCUGGCUCAGCUGUAUACAGAUCCUACAGUUGCUCGGUUUACACAACCUCGUGAUGCACCGCAUAUCCAUCAUCUUGCCUAUGCCGACGAUAUUGUCAUCUUCACUUCGGCGAGGGGGGACACUUUGGAGAAAGUUCGAGCAGUAUUACAUUCUUAUGAGCAGAUUUCUGGCCAGGCUGUCAGCCUCCCUAAGAGUGCCUUCUAUAUGCACCCUAAGGCGUUGGCACCCGUGUUGGAGCGUGUUAGAGAUACUCUUGGGUGUUCGUUGGAUGUGCUUCCUUUCACUUAUCUUGGUUGCCCUAUUUAUCAUGGUCGGAAGCGCAUUCAUUAUUUUGACCCUGUUCUGAAGAAGAUGCGAGACAAGUGUUGUGCAUGGAUGGGGCGCUAUCUUUCCCCGGGGGGGAAGGCAAUUAUGAUUAAGAGUGUUCUUCAGGCGAUCCCGACACACUUGCUCGCAGCACAUUUCCCUCCCAAGACGGUGAUACGAGAGAUGGAGUCUAUCAUGGCACGAUUUUUUUGGUCUGGUUUGGGAGGGACACGACGCUAUCAUUGGGGAUCUUGGAAGACUCUGGCACGACCAACGAGGGAAGGUGGGGUCGGCUUCCUUGAUUUUAUGACUCUGGCUAAGUCUUGUUCGGCCAGGCUCUGGUGGAAUUUUAGGACGCAGGAUUCUAUCUGGACGGCUUUCAUGAGGGCUAAGUACUGUAGUCGUGUCCAUCCAGUGUCCAAACAGCGCCUUGAUGAUGACUCGCACACAUGGAAGCGCAUGCUAGAUGUUCGUGCCGUGAUUGAGCUAGUGAUUCGAUGGCGUGUACUCUCUGGCACGUCUAACUUCUGGUGGGAUACAUGGUCUGGACUGGGUGCCUUGCAUCGCCAGGUCGAUGGCUGCAGUGGGUACUGCACUGAUGGAGUGGGUGAUAUGUAUCGCUCUAAUUUUAUGAUUGACCAUGAUGCUCUACCCCCAGAUUUAUUACGGCAGUUGCGCCUUGAGCCGCCAUCUCUUGUUUCUGAUCAUGUGGAUAUUCCGGUCUGGACCCCGUCUACGGAUGGGAAGUUUACUCUUGCUUCUGCUAAGGAGCUUCUUAGACCGAGGAGAACUGAUGAGGUGGAGGACACUGUGCUUAAGAGGUGUUGGCAGAAACACUUACCUUAUAAGAUUUCCUUUCUAGCAUGGCGCGUUUUGGAAAGGCGCCUUCCCACUGAUGAUGUCCUGGCGAGAUUUGGCUUUGCUUUGCCUUCUCGGUGCUUAUGUUGUUCGUCGCCAGGACGGGAGACCAUUACACACAUUUUCUAUCAUGGGAGCAUGGCGCGGCGUGUUUGGACUUAUUUCACAGAGUCUGUCCAUAUCCGGGGCACACAUCACAGUUUGAGGUCCGUCUUGAGUAGAUGGUGGGCGCAGAGGCCGAGGAGCAGGAUGCUCUCGUUCCUGUUCCACCGCCUGCCGAUGAUUAUUCUUUGGGAGAUUUGGACGCACUAUGCUGCGUGCAAGUAUGGGGAUGCUCGCCCCAACUUUGCACGCAUUAUCUUUCGGGUGGCUACGGCGGUGUCGGAGUGCAUCUAUCGUCGAUGGCCUAGCGGGGGUCUCUUACCUCCCCGAUGGUCGGUGAUCAUGGAGCACGUUCGACGAGGCUCUGGACGCAGGAGGGUGGUGCCGAUUUGGUGGGUCCCACCGCCGGGUGGCAUCAUCAAGGUGAAUGUGGCGCGGGCCCCGCUUCGUGGGGCAUAUGCAGCGAUCGUGCGUGACUCGACAGGUAAGUUUCUUUAUGCUCUCUCUUCUAUUGCAUUCAGGUGGGACCCAGUGGAGCGUGGAGGGAUGGACGUGCUUCUUCGAUGUAUUCAGUGGUGUAUAUCCCAAUCCUUCUUGCGUAUCCACGUGGAGUCCCAUCAUUCAGAGUUAGCUUGCUUCUUUAGAGAAGGUACCCCGUGGUACCUUCAUGAUGUAUAUGCUAGACUGCGUUUCCUCUGUUCCAUCGCGACGGUCCAGUGGUUUCAUUGUGACGUGCGGGCGAAUGGCCCGACGACUGAGUUGGCAUUGUGGGCCGUGGAUAGUACAGAGGGGACGCGGGAGUUUACUAAUCUGCAGGAUAUUGACAUUCGGGUAAGAUCUCUCCUUCCUAUGGACGAUCUGCCCUUCUUUCGCAUUGAUGAGGAUGGGGACCAAAAGCGAUUUCAAAAUCUUAAUUGCCGAUUCUCUCAUACGUUCUCUACCAGUUUUGUUAUCAAGAUGCAGAUCUUCGUGAAAACCCUAACAGGAAAGACUAUAACUCUCGAAGUCGAGAGCUCGGACACCAUAGACAAUGUCAAGGCUAAGAUUCAAGACAAGGAGGGCAUCCCUCCGGACCAGCAAAGGCUCAUCUUUGCAGGGAAACAGCUCGAGGAUGGGCGUACCUUGGCUGAUUACAACAUCCAGAAAGAGUCUACCCUCCACUUGGUGCUCCGUCUCAGGGGUGGGAUGCAGAUCUUUGUUAAAACCCUAACAGGAAAGACUAUAACUCUUGAGGUUGAGAGCUCGAACACCAUUGACAACGUCAAGGCCAAAAUCCAGGACAAAGAAGGCAUCCCUCCAGAUCAGCAGAGACUGAUCUUUGCCGGGAAGCAGCUUGAGGACGGCCGAACUUUAGCAGAUUACAAUAUCCAGAAAGAAUCUACCCUCCACUUAGUUCUGCGCUUGAGGGGUGGGAUGCAGAUUUUUGUCAAGACGCUCACGGGGAAGACAAUAACCCUUGAAGUAGAGAGCUCGGACACUAUCGAUAAUGUCAAGGCGAAGAUUCAGGACAAAGAAGGAAUCCCACCGGAUCAGCAGAGACUCAUCUUUGCUGGAAAGCAACUUGAGGAUGGACGCACCCUUGCUGAUUACAAUAUCCAGAAGGAGUCCACUUUGCAUUUGGUGCUCAGGCUCAGAGGCGGGAUGCAGAUUUUCGUGAGGACAUUGACUGGAAAAACCAUUACUUUGGAGGUGGAAAGCUCCGACACUAUUGAUAAUGUCAAGGCUAAGAUUCAGGACAAGGAGGGGAUACCACCCGAUCAACAAAGGUUGAUCUUUGCUGGAAAGCAGUUGGAAGAUGGUAGGACUCUGGCUGAUUACAAUAUCCAGAAAGAGUCUACCUUGCAUCUUGUCCUCCGUCUCCGUGGUGGUGAUUGUUGAUUUGAUCUAGAAGCCUAUUUGCUUUCAUGUUGGUUAUGGAUAAUAAAAUGUCACUUUAGUUAAAGUAAUAAUGAUGUGCUGAUUUG